CUUUUUGAUGGCUUGGUUAAAUAUGACUUGAGUAACUUGUGUUCUGACUAAAAGGAAAUUCAUGUAUUGAUCCUAACUCUGUUUUUUCCUCACUCUCUUCAGACCUAAGGAGAGAGCCUUCUGGAGAUAGAAAUCGGAGCGUGAUUUCCGACCAUUGUUUCUGCACAGACUGAUGGGUUGGUGAGAUACCAGGGUCUUGGUGUGAGGACUUUUUUUUCCGUCUUGGUUUCUUUCGGAGGAAGAAUACAGUGAAAGAACUUUCAACACUUUGGAAAUUUUUAUUGUUUUUGUACGGUUUUACGGGAUGCCUGAGAAAAACGCUUGGAGUCAGCGACCCUGGACUCUCCCGCACGUGCGGAUCUCUCCAAAGGUGCAUGUGCCGAAAAUAGACACCUAUUUCAAAGAGAUAUCAGAUUGCCAGAAACAGUAUUCAAAGCUUCGCCUGACCCCAGAGGUUCCAAGCCACACCCACUCACUUCCGUUCGUUUUCCCGCGGUCCUACACUACCUCAAAAAUUGACAUUAGACCGUCUUAUGUCCGCUCAUCCCCCGUCCCGGUACCUCGCCAAAACACAAAACUGUCGUGGCAGUUGAAACCAACUGACGUUAGACCUUUCGAGAACAGACCGAAUGAUUCGGUCGAAUCCUCGGAAAACCUUCAUCUGUCGGAAGAAACGACCGAAUCGACAGAGGAAGAGUUAAGUGACAUAAAUCCCUUGAAACUUUCGGAACAUUUACGGGAUUCGGGAUUCGGUGAUCCCAUUAUGUUGACUUGGUCAGCGAAAGACCAUUUAUCAAAAUUCCAUCUCCCCAAAGGACGGAGGGCUAGAAAACUCCCUUCUAACCCAUCACAAAGGGAGAAAAUAAAGGGAAGGGCUCGGUUAGACUAUGAAAUGGCCAAUAUGAGAGCCGUGGCCUUUUGUGAAAGACAAGCCCCUAAAGUGUUCCGAACGGCAUCAGCGCACAUGCGCAAUAGAGAUGUACAGUUCAUUGAAGAGGAAGUCAAAGAAAAUAUGCAGCGGGAUAUUGAGUUAGAUGCAGACGACAGUGACAGUAUUAUUGUGAUGAAAGUGGACCGUGAGGAACUGUUCGAGCGAAUCAAUACUUGGAUAGAGGAUGUCACGAAAUCACUGACCACUUAAGGAAGUGACGUCACAUACAUAGACCUUACCGCUAUUCUAGUCAUUAUGAGGGCAUAAUUUGUAAAUGGACAUUGAUUGUUAUCUUAUUUAUGAAAUGAAUUAAACAUGAUUUCACAUUUUUGAUGAGGGUAACGAUUCAUUAUGAACUAGAAUACACGAACGUGAUGUUCUUUGUUAUUAAUAGAACGUGUAUACUGUGUCAUUGCAUUGUAUUAUCAUAUUGUUGAAUUUUGGUGCCCAGAAGUGUUGUUAAUUUUUACUAACAGCCACACCGUGAAUUCAGAUGUUUUGGCAUGACAGUAGUCAUCAACUGUAUAAAUUUCUAUGUACUCUUGUAUUAGCUAUUUUGUAAGAUUUGUUACAAGAAAAUUUCACUUUAAGAUGAAACAUUUUCUGGAACAAACACUAUCAAAAGUGAAAAUCACUUCAUGCAAGUGAUUCAUAUUGUGAGAAUGUAAUAAAAUAAUUGAAAUUCUA